AACCGCAGGACCAAAAAAAAAGGACGACAACUUGGAGUUGUGCUGAAGUGUCUCUGAAUUGAAAGAAAGAAAACAAGAAGAAGAAGGUCCCCACCGGCUUCCGCGUGGAACGAGGGAAAGAAGUAAAACUGCAGUCAGCAGCCUUGCUCAACACACAACGGCUCGACCUCCCCCACAAGUCGACGACAUUGCUCAGCUGAAGACCGAACGAGAAGAAGAAGCAGCAAGUUUUCACGAUUGUGUCACGACGCCCGAAAGCGCCACCCCCUGCGUCUUGCUCUCAUCUAAUCUAUGCGGUUGAGAGAUUCUACCACGAAAAGAAGAAAAAGGAAGUGAGGACGACGAAAAGAGUCCUUUUCGUGAAGACACGUUCCGGGGACUCUUUUAAGGAUAUCGACCGGCCUGACCCGGCGACGACGACGGCAGACACUGCCGCGAACUACCCCUUUUGAAUUAUAAAGAAGCGGAAAAGCGGCUUCAACGGGAAGUGAUAGGUUAAUUAUAGUGGCAUUUAUUUAUCCCGGAAGCGGUGUUUUUUGCUGUUGGGUUCUUAUCAAGUGUAAGGCGGAAUUGUCAAUUGAGAUAAAGUGGAAAGGUGGGACGAAGAAGAAAGGGAAGAAGUUUUAUUGAUACGACGACACAUACUAUCAGUAUUAGAGGAAUAAAGUGAAACACAUAUUGGGCAAGUGUUUUGUGUUAUUGUUUUUGUUUCUACUACGUUUUAUGAUGUAACAUAAAAGAGAGAGAACGAGAAAAAGGAGAAAGUUUAGUGAUUGUGAUGAUUGGUGUUUGGAUGGACACCAACUAGAGAGAAGAUUGAGUUUAUUACAUGUGCAAUACCGCAAGAGCUUUAGUGUGUAACGCGAGUGUGUAGCGAAAGAUAAAAGCGACUCAUCAAUGCAACGUGAGGAUGAACUAAUUGCCCGUACUCACAAGCAGCAAACGACGCAGCAAAUCACGACCGUAACGAAGGUCGUGCGCGAGGUGAAGCAGUUGGGACCGGAUGGGCAGCCGUUUGACUAUGUAGCAGCGAUGCCACUGGAAAUGGGACCCGAUGGACAGCCGCUCGACUACGUGUCGAUGCCGAUGGGAAUCUACACGACACGGUCGCAGUACAUGAACUACAACCACCUGGACCAGCAGGAGCAGAUGGCGGCGGCGGCUGCAGCGGCCGCCUCCCAGUCGCAGCAUCUGCCCCCGGGCUCCAAAGGUGGUCCCGGUGGACAGCCGCACUACCAGGACUAUGAACACUACUCGCAGUACGCCGACUCCGGGUACGAUCCGACCGGAGCGAUCCACCAUCCGCCCCAUCCACAGUCCUACCUCGGUGAGUACCAGAUCAACGACCGGUCAACGCCCCACAACUCGAGCGAAGCCAGCGAAUCCUCCAUUCCGCUCCCGAUGAACGUUCCUCAGAUGGGCAACCCGUCAGCGAGUCUGCUCCCCCCAGGCUACCUGCAAGGUCAGUACGACGAAAUGGGCGAGUACGUCAUAGCCCCAUCCCCAGGCGGACCCGUCGACCCACGACUCUACCCGGACAACCCAUCGGCGAUGGUGUACGGAUACGUGUCAACUCCUCCGUACGGCACCAUCAGCUCACACGGACACCUCGAUCCAUCCGGUGUGAACGAGCCAACGUACGCCACGAAACAACUUGCCUACGAAGCCGCGGCCAGUGCCAGUCAACGGGGCGGAGUCCAGGACGGCGGCGCUUGCUACUACGACGGCGAUGACGACCUGCCCCAGCACAUGUCGAACCUGCAAAUCCACAACCACGUCUUUCUGCAGCAUCACAUCAUCACCUCGCCCGGUGGCAACAAUCGACCCUCGGGCGUAAACGGCCCCGAAGGCCCCGUAGACCUGGAAGACCAACGCCAGAUGAAGUGGCGAGACCCCAACCUAACCGAAGUGAUCGGUUUCCUCAGUCAUCCCAACAACGCCAUCAAGGCCAACGCAGCCGCCUACCUGCAGCAUCUCUGCUACAUGGACGACCCCAACAAGCAGCGGACGCGAACCCUCGGCGGAAUCCCCCCACUCGUCAAACUGCUCGGCCACGAACACACCGACGUGUACCGGAACGCCUGCGGUGCCCUCCGCAACCUCUCCUACGGCCGGCAAAACGACGAAAACAAACGUGCAAUCAACAGUGCCGGAGGCAUCCAAGCCCUGAUCCACCUGCUCCGACGAACGUCCGAGUCCGACAUCAAAGAGCUCGUCACCGGCAUCAUCUGGAACAUGUCCUCCUGCGAAGAUCUGAAACGGUUCAUCAUCGACGACGCCAUCGUCGUGAUCGUCUCGUACAUCAUCAUCCCCCACUCGGGCUGGGACCCCACGAACCCGGGCGAAACCUGCUGGAGCACCGUGUUCCGGAACGCGUCCGGCAUCCUGCGCAACGUCAGCUCCGCAGGCGAGUACGCGCGGAAAAAGCUGCGCGAAUGUGAAGGCCUCGUCGACUCGCUACUCUACGUGAUCCGGAUAGCGAUCGAAAAGUCCAACAUCGGCAACAAAAUCGUGGAAAACUGCGUCUGCAUCCUGCGGAACCUCUCGUACCGCUGCCAAGAGGUCGAGGAUCCAAACUACGACAAGAACCCCAUCCCGCACCACAGUAGCACCGGAGGAGUGGACGGCGCAGGGGCUUCGUCGUCGUCUUCGGUGAUUGUGAGUGCGGCCUCGUCGAAGGGUGAGAAUCUGGGCUGCUUUGGGGCGAGCAAGAAGAAGAAAGAACAGCAGCAGGCGGCGGCGGCAGCGGCCCAGCACGCCGCGGACGCCAAGGAUCACUCGAGUGCGAACGGGGAUCCGGCGCGGAUGGCGUAUAAGAACACGGCGCAUUAUAAGGGUGCGGAGCAACUGUGGCAGCCCGACGUUGUACAUUCCUAUCUUGCCUUACUGCAGAGCUGCUCGAACCCGGAAACGCUGGAGGCUGCGGCCGGGGCGCUGCAGAAUCUGGCCGCCUGCUACUGGCAGCCGAGCAUAGAGAUCCGGGCGACGGUGCGGAAGGAGAAGGGCCUGCCGAUCCUGGUGGAGCUGCUCCGCAUGGAGGUGGACCGGGUGGUGUGUGCCGUGGCGACCGCCCUGCGAAACCUCGCAAUCGACCAAAGAAACAAGGAGCUGAUCGGAAAGUACGCGAUGCGUGAUCUGGUCCAGAAGCUGCCCUCGGGCAACCCGCAGUGCGACCAGGGCACCUCGGACGACACCAUCGCGGCGGUGUUGGCUACUUUGAACGAGGUGAUUAAGAAGAACGCCGAGUUUGCGCGAUCUCUGCUGGAGGCGGGUGGCGUCGAGCGGCUCAUGAACAUGACCCGGCAACGGCUCAAGUACACGCCGCGGGUGCUCAAGUUCGCCGGGCAGCUGCUGUUUACGAUGUGGCAGCACCAGGAGCUGCGGGACAUGUACAAAAAGCACGGCUGGAAGGAGCAGGACUUUGUGACGAAGACGAUCGCCUCGCGGAACGUCAACAGCAGCAACGGCGGCGGCAGCUACAGCGACAACUCGCCCAACUCGCCGAACAACACGCUGAACCGUCCGAUGGCAUCGCAGGGCGGCACGCGGUACGAGGACCGCACGAUGAAGCGCCAGCAGGCGUCCUCGAACAACGGCGGGCAGGCGAUGUCGCUGCCACCGAGCGACGGCGCGGCCAAGAUGGGCAGAUGAAUCUACCAGGAACAAUCCGACUUAUCAGGGUAGCCACGCGGACAGUAGUGAGCAACAACACAACUCAACAACAAUUGCAACACUGAAGCAGGUACACACACAGAAUACAUUCAGAUGCCACCCGGUGGAGUUCGUUUUACACACACACAAAACAAGCAAACAACACACGUCUAUUAUAGUGGCCAGCGAGGAGGAAGGAAGAGGACGACGACGACGCCCCUUAAAACACAGGGAAGAGAAAUUUUUGCUCACGUGCAAGCAAACAACAAUAUAAUGACUCAAGGAGUAACAAAACCAUCAAAAAAUGGAACAAAAAUCAUGCUAUAAAAGGGGAAAUGUGUGCGAGGAGUUACGCAAAA